AUGGAAGUUGAUAUGGAAAAGAAGCAAAAGGAGAAAGCAGAAAAGAAACCUCCAGUAAAUGAAGAAAAUGUUGAUACACCAGAAAAAGCUGAAAAGGAUGCUGAAACAUCCGAAAAGAAGCAAAGACCAGCAAAAAGACAAAAUCAGAAAGAAAAAGGCAAAGAUAAGAAAUUCGAAAAGAAAGAUAAAAAACCAUUCGAUAAAAAACAGAAAAAUACAGAGAAAGAUGACGAAAAGGAGGAAGAUCAUCAGGAAAAACCUGAGAAAAAGAAGAAAUUCGAUAAGAAGAAAGAACCAAAGCAGCCUAAAGAGAAAAAGGAUGAAGAAUAA